AUGCCAGCUGUUUCACCAAAACUGGCACCACAAAUCACACAACAUGUUCUGUAUGGCCCAAGACAUCUGCAGUUCCGACGUACGCUCGGCAAGCUGAUCGAUAAGGAAAUUAAUCCGAAUGUUGACGAAUGGGAAACGAGAAAAUUAUUUCCAGCAAAAAAAGUUUUCAAAAAACUUGGCCAACUCGGUGUACUUGGUGUCAAUAAACCAACUGACUAUGGUGGAUUAGGAUUGGAUUUUAGCUAUAAUAUAGCAAUUGCUGAAGAGAUGGGGCGAAUUCAUUGUGCUGCCAUCCCAAUGGCAGUUGCCGUCCAAACUGAUAUGGCCACACCUGCACUGGCCGAUUUUGGGAGCGAUUCACUGAAGAGAGAAUUCCUUCAACCCACCAUACUCGGAGAUAUGGUCUCUUGUAUUGGAGUAUCUGAAGCAUGUGCCGGAAGUGAUGUAGCUGCAAUUCGAACUCAUGCACACUGGCACGGUAAUGAUUUGAUAAUAAACGGUAGUAAACAAUGGAUUACGAAUGGCUAUCAAGCCGAUUGGAUUUGUUUAUUGGCGAAUACAAACAAGACUCAAUCAAUUCAUCGCAACAAAAGCUUGAUUUGUGUUCCACUCAAUGAACCAGGUAUACAUCGUUCUAAAGGCGUCGAGAAACUCGGCAUGCACAGCUCAGAUACAGCUGAAAUCUAUUUCGAUUCAGUGGUUCAUUAUCGCUUGGCUGAACUGCAGACGGAAAUUGAGGCCGUACGGUCGCUGUUGUAUAGGGCUGUGAUGGAGAGAGUUUCUGGAACGGAUGUGACACUUCUGGCGAGUAUGGGUAAGCUGAAGGCUGCUCGACUUGCACGAACCGUCACCGAUUCAUGCUUACAGGUAAUACGAUAG